AUGUAUGCGGACUCCGACGCGCAACACGCACUCCAAAUCUCCUCUGGUCUCCUCUUCGCCAACCCCGUUCCUACCGAUUUCGCUAUACCCAAAGAUGAAAUGGAUGUAAUCAUUGCCGAAGCUCUGAAACAGGCUGAAGCAGCCAACAUAUCCGGCAAAGACAACACGCCCUUUGUGCUUGCUAAGAUCAAGGAGCUCAGCAAGGGCAAGAGCAUACCCGCCAACAGAGCCCUUAUAGAAUCAAACGUGAGGCGUGCGACCAUUGUAGCACGAGAGCUUGCCAUCCUCGAAGCAAAGCAGGAACAAGCCCAAGGGUGA